AUGUCUGGAGACGAGACUGAAGAACACUGGUUCAGGGUGAUAAACAACAGUGGUGCAGCACAGAAGUAUAUUUUCUUUGCUCCACCUCCCAGCCCCGACUUUUUGACUCCUGCCUGGAUUGCAAGCGACAACAUUAACAAUGAGACGGUCUGGGAUAUCCACACCACUGCGUACCUCUAUGCCGAAAUAUUCAACCUUGUCUUCGAAGAAGGAGGUGUCAAGCUACAGGAGACAGGAGAAAACGCCGAGUCUCUAAAUACCUUUGCUGUUUUCACCAAGGACAUCCCAAACGAUGACAAGACCUACGUGCUUGCCUUUGGAAAACGCCAACAACCAGACGAUCCCGAAGACCUCGGACCUGUUCAUGCGUGCGCAGCGAUUCCCGUCAAGCCAAACAACAGUCAGCAUGUGACCCCUAUUAUCCAGCUUCAUGUCUCCAACAUCCCCACGACCCCGGGCGACCUGGUCGAUUAUGGUGACUUCAAAGAGAAGUCUGCACACAUCAACUUUGCAGGCCAUACUGAGGACGCAGCUCUCUGUACCGUUCUCCACAAAACAGGCGAGGACAGUAAUGCUGUAUGGGACACUGCUUACGAUAACACACUCCCUGAGUUUUAG